CUUAUCAGUGGUUUAUGAUUGUCAGGGGUGACCUGUAACAGGUGAGAUGUCUCCUCCAUUUAAGGAAGUGCUGUAACGAGAGCAGUCCUUUUGCAGCAUUCUGCACUGGUGAGUUUAAUGUGGUUCUCAGUUCAGAGGCAAUUUUGAGUUUCAUUUACGGCUCUGUUGAAGGAAGUAAAUACUGGACCAAGUGUGUAUUAACUUUACCGAAACAAAAAUCAGCGAGCUGUUACUUGUUAACAAAGUGAAAGCGAAACACUGACUAUUUCGCCUGGAGAGAAAAACAACAGCAGCAACAACAAAAUGGCUUCUACGUUUUCAGAGGAGGAUUUUUCCUGUCCUGUGUGCUGUGAUAUCUUCAGGGAUCCGGUUGUCCUGUUCUGCAGUCACAGUGUGUGUAAAGUGUGUUUGCAGCAAUUCUGGGAGAUCAAAGGAUCCAGAGAAUGUCCUGUUUGCAGAAGGAAGUUGUCUACAAAUGAACCUCCAACGAAUCUGGCCUUAAAGACGCUUUGUGAAAAUUUCUUACAAGAGAAAAAUCUGAGGAGAUCUUCAUCAGGGUCUGAAACAGUCUGCAGUUUGCACAGUGAGAAACUCAAACUCUUCUGUCUGGACGAUCAUCACCCGGUGUGUUUGGUGUGUCGAGACUCGAGAAAACAUACCAAUCACAAAUUCUGCCCUAUUGAUGAGGCUGUAACAGACCGUAAGUGUGUUGAUUUGUUUCAGGAUGAACUGAAAACUGCACUGAAGACUGUACAGGAAAAACUGAUGCUUUUAAAAGACUGUAAACUGAACUGGAGUCAGACUGCAGAGCAUAUAAAGAUCCAGGCCUUAAACACAGAGCACCAGAUUAAGAAGGAGUUUGAGAAGCUUCACCAGUUUCUACAAGAUGAAGAGGCAGCCAGGAUCACUGCACUGAGAGAGGAGGAGAAGCAGAAGAGUCAGAUGAUGAUGGAGAAGAUUGAGAAGCUGAACAGAGACAUAUCAUCUCUUUCAGACACAAUCAGUGCCAUAGAAAAGGAGCUGAGGGCAGAAGACGUCUCGUUCUUACAAAACUACAAGGCCACAGUGAAGAGAGCCCAGUGUAGACUGCAACAUCCAGAGGUGUUUUCAGGAGCACUGAUCCAGGUGACAAAACAUCUGGGCAACCUGAAGUUUAGAAUCUGGGAGAAGUUGCAGGACACAGUCCAAUAUACACCUGUAACUCUGGACCCCAACACUGCCCAUCCUUACCUCAUUGUGUCUGGUGAUCUGACCAGUGUUAGAUUCAGUGAUGAGAAACAGGAGCUUCCUGAUAAUCCGGAGAGAUUUAAUUACAAUUGGUGUAUACUGGGUUCUGAGGGCUUUAACUCAGGAACACACUGCUGGGAUGUUGAAGUAGGAGAUUGUACGCUGUGGGCAGUGGGUGUGAUGGCGGACUCUGCUCAGAGAAAGGGAAAGCUAGUUUCCAGAAGUGGAAUCUGGUGUAUGUGGUGUUAUGAUGGUAAAUAUGGAACACGCUCUACACCACAGCCACGCACUUCCCUUUCAGUAGCACGGAAACUCCAGAGGAUUAGAGUACAGCUAGACUGGGACAGAGGAACGCUGUCAUUCUCUGACCUGCUCACUGACACACAUAUACACACUAUCACACACAGAUUUACUGACAAGGUCCUGCCAUAUCUAAAUGUUGGUUGUGAAAAUUCUCCUGUGAAGGUCCUAUUUUCUCCCUUCAUUGCAGAGUGAAUCAGUCAAAAGUAAAAUAUAUAUAUUUUUUCAUUUCAUUAUCAAAAUAUUGAUGAUGAAAAGAUCCAUAUUCUUUGUGAAAGUCCAUUUUUAGUGGAACACCAAACAGUUCAUUAUAGACAAUUUUACUGAAUUGUUGCAUCAUUAUUUUGACUCAUGUCAACAAUUAAACCCAAAUGAUUUCUCAAGAUUUUGAUAGAAUAUGUAAUUUUCCAGAAGUUUUCCACAAAUUACAAAAACUCACCUCUCUCAACGUAAUUGUCACGGAACACCAGACAACGGAAACCGGGAGUAAAACAAGGUGCAGUUUAUUUAUCUUUAAAGAGAAGAAACACAGGAGAUUCAGAAAAUGGAUCUAGAGUAGGUAUACGGUAGAUCGGAGGGCAAGUGAAGAGGGAGAGAGACCUUUUAAAGGGGACGGAUUAAAUGAAAACAGGUGCAGGUGAUUAAUAGGAGGGAGAGGCUGAGCGAGAGUGUUGAGCAUUAGAAGGGGGCGUGGCUUGUGGUUCUCUGACAGUAAUUAAGCAACCUGAGUCACUAGAUGCUGUUAUUGAGACAACUGUUCAAGAAUUACUCAAUUUUACAAGGUAGCAUGAAAUAUCUUCGCAAACCUUCCAUCAAUUGGCCAAUUUGGUCUUUACCAUUAAUUAAUCAGCUGAGUCAUUGAAUUUUUAUAUUGAAUUCUAAAAUAAAUCAACUUUUUAAUAAUAUUCUAAUUUAUUGAGAUGCAACUGUACAUACAAUUGUUAAUGUUGAAUUGUGAGUUUAUAUCAAAUUGUCUAUAUAAAAUUGAGUCUAUAAUCAGUUGCCUAUGUAGAAUUGAGUCUACGUAUAUAAAAUUGUCUAUAGAAUUGUGAGUCUUUAUACAAAUGAUCAUGUAGAAUUGAGUCUAUAAACAACUAUUUAUAUUGAAUUGUAUGUUUAUAUACAAUUUUUUAUAUUGAAUUGUGAGUCUAUGUUAAA